CAACAAUCACCAGCGCCGUCCGCAGCCCCACCCCGACAUCGACACUCCUCCUUACACCCUGACAAUAUGACCGACCCUCUGAAAGAUUCGCCGGUGAAGGCGGUCCAGGUUGAAGCCCUAGUCGUUAUGAAGCUCGUCAACCAUGCUGCAAAAACCUUCCCGACAGUCGCGACUGGAUCUCUUGUUGGUAUGGAGUCUGCAAAACAGCCCGGCCUGCUCGAAAUCACGUCCUGCUUUCCCUUCCCGACCAUCGAUGUCCCCGCCACCGAUGGCCACCAGCAGGAGUCCGCCGCAAACCUCGCGGCUGCCGCACCCCGCGCAAAAGCGAACGUCGUAUACCAGAAUGAGAUGAUCAAGUUCCUGAGGGAAGUGAACGUGGAUGCGAACAACGUUGGUUGGUACACGAGCACGAGCAUGGGCAACUUUGUCCAUCUGAACACAAUCGAGAACCAAUUCUUCUACCAGAAGGAGAUGAACGAGCGGACGGUGGCGCUGGUCCACGAUGUGAGCAGGAGUUCGCAGGGAAGCCUGAGCCUGCGCGCGUACAGGCUGUCGCCUGCGUUUGUGGCAGCGUACAAGGAGGGCAAGUUCACGACGGAGAGUCUGCAGAAGAGCGGUCUCCGGUACCAGGACAUCCUGGUCGAGCUUCCUGUCACGAUCCACAACUCCCACCUCCUCACCCCGCUACUUCACCAGCUUCCCUCAGACGCGCCCAAGGAGGAGCUUUCCUUCCCGCCAAACCUCGCCGCCCUGCAGCAAGACCCGAACACCCCGCUACCGCCACUUUUCCCGAACUACGACAGUCUUGACCUCUCGAUAGACCCCUUCCUCGAGAAGACGUGUGAUCUGCUUCUCGAGAGCAUCGAGAACCACCACACUGAGCUCAACAACCAUUCAUACUACCAGCGAUCGCUUGCGCGUGAGCAGGCUAAGAUCACUGCAUGGCAGCAGAAACGGAAGGCGGAGAAUGCUGCAAGGACAGCCUCCAAGCAGCCCUUGCUCCCAGAGGACGAGUGGCAGAGGCUUUUUAAGCUGCCGCAGGAGCCGAACAGGUUGGAGACGCUGCUCAACUCAAGGCAGGUUGAGCAGUAUGCGCGGCAAGUGGACGGCUUCACUGCGGGCGUCAGCGCGAAGAUGUUUGCCGUGAAGAGCAAUCUGCUGCCCGGAGAGUAAAGGGUGAUGUGCAGCGGGUUCCUCUUGUUAAUGCUUCUCCGUCACGGCAUGGGCACGGCGUUGGGUGGGCAGAUUCGAGCUUAGACAGGAGCUCAGGGUGGGUCCUUCAUAGACGAUAUGAGCGGCGACUGCAGCUGCAGUGAAAUGACGAAAAUACCAGCACCUGUUCGAACGAACAAACUCUUUUGAGGACCGCGAUUAAUUGCAAUGUGCCGAGUUUCCAGAUUCUGGCCUCUGGUAGAGACUUGGUGGAAUCCAAGACAGAUGGUCCCGCGCCAUAAACAUACGUCCGUAGU